GAGGACGCCGCCGCAAUGGCGAGGAACCUCAUCUGCCAGGACACCUCCGCCGUGGCGAACCUCAAGCUGGCCUCAAUCUUCGUCAUCUUCCUCAAAAGCACGGUCGAAAUCGUCGGCCCCGUCCUCCUCGCGCAGCUCUUCCGCGGGAAGUCGCUUUACGACAAGGCCGUCCUCGUAAUCAAGUGCUUCGCGGCGCGUCAUCCUCUCCACUACUUCCCGUUCGCGGGGCUCGUGACGCUGAUCGGCGGCCUCCUCGCUCUCUUCGUCGACAUCACCGCCACCGAGCACGUCGGCCACAGCUAUGGAGGAGCAGGGAGAACACGAGUUCUCCUCAAAACCCCGAAUUCUCGCCGCCUCCAAACCCUAACCUUCGAUCCAUCCCAGCCCCAAAUCCCCCGCUCCCUGAAGCUCUCUCUGAUCCCCGACCAUGGAAACCCCGACGCUUUCUACUUCACCGCCAACGGGAAGCUCCUCUCCGACGACUCGAUCCCCAUCGGAGGCCUUGCGAUUCUGGGUUCGCCGACCUCGCCUCGCUUUUCUGGAAUCAUCCGACGGGUGCGACGAAGGAUGAUAGCGACGAUUUCCCGGCUGAGACGACGGAUUAGGGUUUGCGCCGUCGUCGGGGUGUGGUCUUCGACAGAUUCGUCGAUUGGGAGAGAUGGGGGAGCUGUGUUUGACGAGAGAAGAGGAAGG